CGCUGGGUUUCUGUUGGCGAGGGGGCGUGGCCAGUGACGUCUGUUGGCGGGCGACUUUGAAAAGAAGCGAAGCUCUGGAGGAGAGGCCUCCUUUUCCUCCUCAGUUCUACCUCCGCAGGAAAGAAAAAAAGGUUGUCUAGCAGCUCAAUUUGCUUCAAUGGUUCAUCCAGUUUAGUGUCCGUGGGUUCGAGGAGGAAGUGCCAGAGCAAGCUUCUCUGCUUCCUCUACACCAGCUGCUGACAGAAGGCAUCCUUGCAGUUCACCCCAUCAACAAUGAAGAGUAGCGCUAGUACACGCCGCACCAGCUCCCGGCAGUCCAUCCAGCCUCACAGGGUGCCAGAUGCCAAUAAGGCAGGACUUCAUACACCCCAAAUGCAAGAAAGGAGGACAACCUUUGGCAAGUACAGUGUUGGGCAGAGUACCCUACCUACAUCAGAAAGGAGAACUAGUGCUUUUGGCAAAAGGAGCAGUGGCCCUGGAAGCUUACGAAAAAGCCAGCAUGGUGCAUUUGGAAUCAUGGAGAAGAUCAAGGAUCCUAGGCCACUUCAUGAUAAGGCCUUUGUCCAGCAGUGUAUCCGUCAGCUCAGUGAAUUUCUUUUAGCAUACAACUAUGGCCCAUCUGCAAGUGUCAAGUUACUCCAGGCACCAUCUGUCAGAGAGUUCACUAAAAUAUUCAGUUUCAUUUAUCAGUUCAUUUAUCCUUCAUAUGAGUUUUCUAGUUCCAAGUUUGAAGAAGAAAUCCCAAAGAUGUUUAAAGAGCUUGGAUAUCCCUUUCCAUUGUCAAAAAGCUCUAUGUAUACAGUUGGGGCACCACAUAUGUGGCCUCAGAUUGUAGCGGCAUUGGUAUGGCUGAUAGAUUGUGUCAAGUUAUUUUUUUGUUUGAAAGAGAAUACACAAACAUUUGAUGAAGAUCAAAUUUUUGGAGAGACUGAAGAAGGAAUUGUGAAUAAUAAGCUCUUUUUCGAUUACACUGUAAAAUGUUAUAACCAUUUUAUGAUGAAAGGAGACACAUAUGAAGAAUUUGAUGCUGAAAUACACUCCAAAUUAAAGGAGUUAUUUGCGGUACAUGAAAAUCGUAUAGAGGCACUUGAAGCAGAAGAAGAACGGUUAAAUACAGAGAUCAGAACUCGUGAGAAAGAGAGAGAAAGUGAACCGGACCGUUUAAUGACCCUGCGAAGAGUGAAAUCAACUUUACAGACAGAUGUUAAGAAAUAUGAAGCUUAUUUGGACGACCUCAAAUUGCAUUCGAGCAGCAUCACUCAGAAAUCAAAGAGUACUGAUGAAGAGCAGGAUGCUGCUGGUAUGCAAAUUGAAGCACUGAAACUGGAGAACAUUAAGCUGAAGCAAAUAUGUGAUAAUCAGAAGUGUUCCACAGAAGAUAUCAAGAGAAAAAAGUGUGAAAUAGAUGAGUUGGAGCAGUCAGUCAACAAACUGACUAAAGAACUGGAAGCAGAGCAACAUCAGUUGUGGAAUGAGGAAUUAAAAUAUGCUAAAGGAAAAGAGGCUAUUGAAGCCACAUUGGGAGAUUACCACAAAUUAGCUCGUAAACUGAAAUUAAUUCCUAGGAACCCGAAGAAUUGUGGUGGUAUUGAUUUUGAAAUCAAAUUUAACCCUGAUGAAGGGCAGAAUUGCUUGAACAAAUACAGAAUUGAUAUUUAUGCUCCCCUUCUGCAGCUCAUAAACAAAACUGAGGAUGAAAUCUCUAAUAUUACUAAAUCAAAAAUUGGCUUAGAGGAUGCCUUUGAACAGGCAAGCAAAAUGGAAGCAGACCAGAAGAGCACUGUAAAAAUGCUCAAAGAAGAAGGCCAGAAACUAGAAAGUCUCUAUCAGCAGAAAAUGAAGGAAGUUGAAGAAGAAGAACAAAAAGCUAAUCAAGAGUUGGAAUUGUUAGAGGAACAUAAGCGCUUGCUUUCUAGUGGAAUCAAUGAAGGUCUCAGUGAAACCUCAAAAGAACUUGAUGAAGCUCGAUGUCGAUACCAAGUGGUCAUGCAAACAACAUCUGAAGAGAGUCGGAAAGUGGAAACAAACCUGCAACGUUAUCUGGAACGGAUCUUUACUCACCUUCAAUCUGUAGAGGCGUACCUGACUAAACAGAAUGCAAAGAUUGAUCAAGAAUUUCAGGAAUUUAUGUCAGAAGACCCAUUGGCUAACCUAAAAGAAAUUGUAGACUGCUACCAAAAGAAGACUGAUACUUUGUAUGAGACAGACAAAUGAUACUGAAUAUAUUAUAUGUCAAGGAUGUAUAGCUGUACUAUGUUCAUCUUUAUUUUCAUAAAUAUUUUCAUCUUCGUAUAAUGCUUUGUAUAUGUAUUUUUAAAAUAAUAAAGUAUCCUUAUAGCUCUUCUA